CCAACCUGUAAAACUACCAUAACUCCAUAACAUAACCAUACAAUAUCAUCAAGCUAAGCUUGACUUUAUUUUCAUGGCGGCAAGUCAAAGCAACAUAAUUGGCAACAAUGGAGUUGUUUUCGAAGAUUUCUUACCAACAAUGGUGGAAAAGCUUGGUGAAGAAGGGUUUAUGAAGGAAUUAUGUAAUGGGUUUAGACUACUAAUGGAUGAAAAAAAAGGGUUGAUCACAUUUGAGAGCUUGAAGAAGAAUUUGGGAGUUUUAGGGUUAAAAGGUAUGAAUGAUGAAGAAGUUAAAGAAAUGUUGAAGGAAGGAGAUGUUGAUAAAGAUGGUUGUUUGAAUCAAAUGGAAUUUUGUGUUUUAAUGUUUAGGUUAAGUCCUGGUUUAAUGGAAAGUUCUAGAAGGUGGCUUCAACAUGCUCUUGCUAAUUGAGUGUAAUUCUUCAUUAAAUUUAGUUUUAUUUUUGUUCAAGUUGAGCCUUUUUUGGUUGCUAUCUAGUUUUUUUCAUUUGGGGUUUGGCUAGAAAAAUCUUACGGGUAAUAAAAUUUUUUCGUACCCUUAUUAAAAAAAUGAAAAAAGUUUUUAAUUAUUAGACUAACCUAAAAUUAUAUUCUAUUUUUUUUAGUAUUAAUAUUGUUAGCAAGUAAUAUAUAUCAUUAAUUAUUUGAUUGCAUUGUUUUGUAAUUUGUACUAGGAAUUAAGUUGGAUGAUAUAUGUUAUUAAUAAAAUUGUUGGUAGUUAAUUAAUUUAAGGAAAAUUUACCCAGAAUAAUCCAACUUAUUCACGAUUUUCCUACAAUAAUCCCAAUUAUCGAUUAACCAUGAAUAAUCCCAACUAUUGACUCACUUAACCUGUGCUGUUGUUGCUCUUGUUUUUACCAGUGCAACAGGUAAUUUUCUGGCAUUUAGCCAAUAAUUGGGAUUAUUGUAGGAAAAUCGUAAAUAGAUUGGAUUAUUCUGGGUAAAUUUUCCAUUUUUUAAAAUAUUUAUCUUUUUUUUUUAUAUUCAAAAUGACUUGCUACAAUGGGUAGCAGGUCACCCGGGUGUACCCAAGGCAAAGACCCUCCUAAGUUCGGAUUAUUCAUGGUUAAUCGAUAAUUGGGAUUAUUGUAGGAAAAUCGUGAAUAGGUUGGAUUAUUUUAGGUAAAUUUUCCUUAAUUUAAUAUGAUUCUAUUUUUUGAUGUAUAUAUAAUUCGUAUUUUAAUUAGAUUUUUUUUCGAAUUAGUUUUAGUCCAAAAAUAGUGAGUGUAACUUUUAAUUUGUUUAAAACUAAAAUAAAAGAUUAAGAAACAUAAUUAGGUAGUUGUUUCAACUAAACAGGAGUACGGUGGAGUAAGCUUCA